UCUGUCAAAGUCGCCAGCUGUUUACGUUUUCUGGCGUUAUUUUGCGAUCGUUUUCUCAACUUUUGUUAUACAGUAUUGUUUUUAUUGCUCACGCUUUUACUCAUUUUAACAUCGGGUGAAAAAUAACCGUGCAACAAUUAAUUAAUUGAACGAUGUCAGAUGUCAAGAGGUGAAUAAUCUGUGUAUUGUGGACUAACUGUGUGAGUGAGUUUUUAUAUUGUUUGGGAUUUGGAACGAUAAACAUUUCGGUAAGCUCCUGAGACCUGAUUUUGAACUGAAGUACAUUUACUUAACGGUUGGGAUGCAAGCGUUUCGGAACGAAACUAAGUUUGCGUAGUUUCGCGAAUCGGUCGACAGAUGUCGUUGUGCCAUUAGUGCGGUGUCAGUUUGUGUGAUGGUGCCGUCAUGGUGCGCGCUGGCUCUGCUGGCCGCGCUGCACGUGUCUCAGGGGCUGCCGGAGACGCUCUACCACGACCAGUUCGCGGUGCACGUGCCCGCCGGCCCGGGUGCCGUGGACGAAAUCGCCAGGAGGCACGGCUUCCACAAUCAUGGACAGAUUGGUUCCCUGAAACAUUACUACUUGCUGUCCCAUCAUGAAGUCAGGAAACGAUCAAUUGAGCCCAGCCAUGAACACCAUCGGAGGCUGAAUGAUGAACCACAGGUCCGAUGGGUCCAACAGCAAAGAGAGCGGCGGAGAGUGAAACGCGACUACAAUCAUUUCGACGGGGGUCUAUUCUCGCAGAUCUCCCGGAGGCCGCACCGCACGCAGAAUAGGGCCCUCGCCGCCCCUAUCUUCUUCCCAGAUCCACUGUACAAAGAGGAGUGGUAUUUGAACGGUGGAGCCAAGGAUGGGUUAGACAUGAACGUGGUCCCGGCCUGGCAGAAAGGCUACACAGGGAAAGGGGUCGUCGUGUCCAUACUUGACGAUGGAAUACAGACAAACCACCCUGAUUUAGCGCAAAAUUAUGACCCCAACGCAUCAACAGAUAUCAAUGGCAAUGAUGAUGAUCCCAUGCCCCAAGACAACGGCGAUAACAAACACGGUACCCGUUGCGCCGGCGAAGUAGCAGCAGUCGCCUACAAUCAGUACUGUGGCGUAGGAGUUGCAUACAAUGCCAGUAUUGGUGGAGUCAGGAUGUUGGACGGUGUGGUCAACGAUGCAGUAGAAGCUAGAGCGUUAGGACUUAAUCCAGAUCAUAUUGAUAUCUACAGCGCGUCAUGGGGACCUGAAGAUGAUGGAAAGACGGUAGAUGGGCCAGGACCGUUGGCAAGAAGGGCAUUCAUUUACGGAGUCACAAGCGGGCGUAACGGCAAAGGAUCUAUAUUCGUAUGGGCUUCAGGAAAUGGUGGCAGACAUACUGAUUCUUGUAAUUGUGACGGCUAUACGAACAGCAUAUUUACUCUAUCGAUCUCUAGCGCUACACAAGGUGGAUAUAAACCUUGGUAUUUAGAAGAAUGCUCUUCUACACUUGCUACGACAUAUAGUUCUGGAACUCCUGGACAUGACAAGAGUGUAGCAACGGUCGAUAUGGAUGGAAGGUUACGACCUGAUCAUAUUUGCACUGUCGAACAUACUGGAACUUCUGCUUCUGCUCCAUUAGCAGCUGGCAUAUGUGCUUUAGCUUUAGAAGCUAACCCUGAUCUGACAUGGAGAGACAUGCAAUAUUUAGUUGUACUCACGUCAAGGCCACAACCUUUGGAGAAAGAAAGUGGUUGGAUAGUUAACGGUGUAAAGAGAAAAGUAAGCCACAAGUUCGGAUAUGGUUUAAUGGAUGCCGCAGAAAUGGUAAAUUUAGCAGAACAAUGGGUUUCCGUCCCACCACAACACAUUUGUAAAUCACAAGAAAUAAAUGAAGACAAACAAAUUGAUUCGUCGUUUGGUUACACCCUCACAACUCAUAUGGAUGUUAAUGGUUGCAGUGGUACAGUUAAUGAAGUACGACAUCUAGAACAUGUUCAAUGCAAGAUAUCCUUGAGGUUUUUCCCUCGAGGGAACUUGCGCAUACUGCUCACUUCACCAAUGGGAACGGUUUCGACUUUACUCUUUGAAAGACCUCGUGAUGUCGUCAGUUCUAACUUUGACGAUUGGCCAUUCCUCAGCGUUCACUUCUGGGGUGAACAUGCCGAAGGUAGAUGGAAACUACAAAUUGUAAACGGUGGAAACAGACAUGUGAAUCAGCCUGGAAUCCUAAAAAAAUGGCAGUUGAUAUUCUACGGUACAUCAGUGGACCCCGUAAGAUUACGAUCAAAGAGACCAUCGGCGGUCGCCCCGCCGUUUGCCUUCCCAACCGCAGCGGACGGUUACGAAACUCUCGGGGACCCUUUUUACAACGGUGACGCGUUUGCUAAUUACCAAAACUUUCCCGCUUUGUUUGCCUCCGGCUCAAACCCGGAGAAAGCGGUAGCCAACCUCGACGGACAUAACGUCCCUUCUCCGCAUGGGGAGAAUGUCCUCGCUGAUAGUAAUGACAAGCGCGUCAUACACGAAUGUGAUCCCGAAUGCGAUCUUCAAGGAUGCUAUGGUAAAGGACCGACUCAAUGUAUCGCUUGCAAGCAUUAUAGAUUAGACGACGCUUGCGUGUCGAGAUGUCCUCCGAGGAGUUUCGCCAAUCAGGGCGGAGUUUGUUGGCCGUGUCACGAGUCGUGUGAGACUUGCGUCGGGCCUGGUCAGGACUCGUGUUUGACUUGUGCUCCGGCUCACUUAUUGGUGGCGGACUUGGCGGUGUGUUUGCAGCAAUGUCCUGACGGCUAUUGGGAGGACAGUGAAUCUUCAGUUUGUCGUCCAUGCGCAGCGCAUUGUGCAACCUGUUCUGACAGAGCUGAUGCGUGUACUUCGUGUGAACACCAUUUGGUUCUACACGAUGGGACGUGCGCGGCGUCUUGUCCGCCAUCUUACUUUGAAACUGAAGACUACUCUUGCGCGAAAUGCCACAACUCGUGUGUGACUUGCGAAGGGCCGGGAGAAGCUCAAUGCGUCACGUGUCAUCCGUCGAGUUACUUGUUGGAUGGACGUUGCCUCUCCACAUGCCCUGCAAGCUAUUACGCUGAUAAGAAGAGGAAAGAGUGUAUGAAGUGUCCAAUAGGCUGCAGUGCCUGCACUAGCGGCUUUUGUCUCACAUGCGAUUCCGGUUGGGAAUUGAACAAGAAGGGCAAAUGUACCCGCCAAGGUUCGGACAGGUGUACCGCGGGAGAGUUCAUCGACGGACAGAGAUGUCGUCGGUGUCACGAGGCGUGCGAGUCUUGUUAUGGCGAAGACGACGGACACUGUUUGACAUGCCCGUCGCCUGAUCUCCUGCAGGAUUAUAGCUGCGUGACGGAAUGCGGGCGUGGGUACUACGCUGAAGCGGGGAAGUGCAUGCGCUGUGUGCACGGCUGCUCCGAGUGUGUCUCGAGACUGAACUGUACUGCCUGCGCCGGCAGCCUUCUUCUACAGUCCGGCGCUUGCAGAACCGCAUGCGCAGAUGGGUUCUACGCUGAUCGCGGCGUCUGCUCAAAAUGCUACAUAUCAUGUCGGACGUGCAUCGGUCCGCGAAGAGAUCAGUGCGCUUCCUGCCCCCAAGGAUGGAGGCUGGCUGCUGGCGAGUGCCAUCCUGAAUGUCCACAGGGCUUCUACCAGAGCUUAGGCGGUUGCCGGCAUUGCCACCACUACUGCCGGGAGUGUGACGGCUCCGGCCCCCUCCACUGCAAGUCGUGCCCACCCCGCUUCAUGUUAGACGGGGGUUUAUGUAUGGAGUGCCUGGGUUCCCAGUACUACGACGCCGGCAAUGCGGCGUGUCGAGGCUGCGAUACUUCUUGCAGGACUUGCUCUGGCCCGGGCCAGUUCAGCUGUACAGCCUGCUCGCGCCCUUUAAGGCUGGACAGACUAAACAACCAAUGCGUGCCGUGUUGCACAGAGCACAGCACGGUCACCAACUCGACGCCUGCGCCGGAUUGCUGCCACUGUCACCCCGAUACAGGUGAAUGUAUAAAUUCAUCGGUGGCGGGCAAGCGACGUAUAGCGGAGUGGUCCGCGCUUCACACCGCGCCGAGCGCCCGCGCCGCGCCGAGCGUGGCGGCUGUCACUCUGACAGUGUGCGCGGUUGCCGCUGGAUUAUUUUUAGCUGUUCUGUUGGUAUUACAGAUGCGCAGUCCCCGAGUACCGCGCAAGGACUCGCGAGCUAUCCGCGGCGCUCUGUACUCGCCGCUCGCUUGCAACGAGGACGGUGAGGUGACCAUAGUGAAGUCUCACGCGUUCCCUUCUAGAGAGUUCGACGACAACCUCGAACAAGAACACGAGCCACUUCUAGAACAUUCUAUAUAGCGCGCUGUGAUCGUAGACGUAAGUGUACGUAGACUUGUGCUCCGCGUGCGAAGACGCGGGUAGCGGUAAGAAAAAUGUAGUGAUACAUCACAACUUCCUAAUUAUGAAGCGAUUUUUCCAAGCAAUGUGGUUGGCGGAGCGAAUACAGACGCGCACUCACAUUACCAAGAACAAUUUGUCGCAGCAAAAAUAGCAAGAAGCGACUAAAGGUAGAAACAAAUAAAUAAAUGUUGUACGUAAGCCGCACGCAGCGCCGACUGGCGACUGGCGAAUUUCCCUGGCGAAUCGCGCGGUGUGACGACAAAACAAACGUGUGCGAUUCCAAAUGUGUGAAUUGUCGCAUAGCCAGUUCUCGUGGCCUAUACGUAACGUGUUAAACAUGUUCGUUCACCAUUGAUUCUAUCACUAUUUCUUGUCGCGGUGACAUGUCAACAAUAGAAUUUAAUUUUGCUAUUCGAAUAUCGCGCGGAUCUUGUACAGAAGUCUGUGGGACGUAAAUUUACGUAUGUAAUAUACUUAGCUAGGUGUAAAUUGUAAGUUUGAACAAAAUGUUCGUACGACGGGGCAAUGACCCCUUGCCGUGUUAUGUGAUAUUCAAGCUUAGUUCUUAUAUUUAGAUCGAUUUGCAUGACAUAUAUAAAAAUUAAUUUAUUACCAACCAAAUGUGUUUUUCAGUUAACACAUUUUGUCGGGUAAUCUCAGCGUCGUGCGAAUUGGUCUUUUGGAAACUGCGUGCUGUUACUUUUUAAAUUGUAUAAUCGAUUAUUUUUUUUGUAAAAUGGUACCUAUCCCCAUUUCUUAUCUCUCAAAAACUAGGCAGGCAGUGGAUAAUAUAGAAGUAAAAAACGUUGCAAAUCGUAUUUAAUGUACCUAUUGGAAAUUGUCCGAUUCCUGUAAACAAUUUGUUCCAAGUCGUGCUUACGUUUAGAGCCGGCACUCGACAAGAAAUCGAUAUCUCCAAACGUGACCUGGAUCAAUCAUGCAUGUGUCAACGAACCUUAGGCAUUUUCUUAGCGGUACAAAAUAUUCUACGAAAAACUUAUAAGAUUAGUUUUCAUUGCGUUAAAAUUGACUAUAUCCGCUAAUGGAAAGGUAAAUCUUUUCAAGAAAAGGAAUUCUCAAGAAAUACUUUUAUUAAAAAUUCAAUUACGAAGGAUAGAAGGGAAGUACGAAGAAAUCAAAAUUUAUUUAUAAUCUACACAGUAUUGGUUUCCAAAAAGCAAGCCUUAAGCUCUUUUACCAGGUAUUAAACAUUCCAUUUGUAUGACAUGGAUUCAAAAUAAAAUUGUAUAAGUAAUAUUUAAAUUAUUUGCAUGAACCUAUUUUUUAUACAUUAAUGAAGUAUUUAUUCCAUAAAUAGCAUGAAAAUUACAAUUAACAUGCAUUGAAAAUAUUUGUCAAUUUUUUAAGUUUUGCCGCCUGCCUGACCUCAAUUCAAUGUAAUACGAUUCAACACCAAAUAAAUCACUCAUUCAUAAUGAAUGUUCGUAUGUUUGUUUAAAUAUUAAUAAUUUAUCUCGUGGAACCGAAUAUAAGCUCUCUAAAUUCAAUAAUAUGUAUUAAAUUAUUAAUUAGAUGAUUAAUGUAAUUGAGCUAGUCAUAUCAAACGUUAAUAACCUGUAACCUGUUUUUGGGCAAUAUUUUUUCAAUCAAUUUAAAAAGUAACAGCGAACGUAUAAAUCUAAAGUCAUUUUGGUCGUCCAAGCCAUAGUAAUUGCCACAAAUUGAUCAUCAAUAUUGAAUUUAAUACCUCAAUCGGCUCCAAAUCGAUGUCACAAUACCUGUAUAUUAUUAUAAUUUACAUUAUUUUAAUUAUAAAGUAGUUUUAGAACCAGAAGUUACCGUAGAAAUGAAUAAACGUACAAUAUUUUUUUUUGAUAUCCGACUUUAUAUUAUUGAAAUCAUAGAAUAUAUAUUUAGUAGAAGUGGAUGAAAUAACUGAAGCAUUUUAGUCAAUCUCAUAAUAAUAUGUCUUAUAUUUUUUAAUUUGCUAAAUGUUCUUGUUAAACUGUAUGAAGGAUUUCAUUAGCCAUGGGUAAAGCAAAAUAUAACCUACACUACACUUCUAGAAAACCACUGAUCAGGUGGAUUGUUUAUUUGUCCAAUUUCUUAUCAAUAACAGUACAUUUCAGAGAGAGAUAAAAAAAAAUUAAGCCCAGACCACCUCUACUCAAUAUCUGGUUCUAUGAUUCAAAUAAAUAAAACCUGAUGAUAAUUUCAAAUAUAUUCUUAUAACUUACACCUCGUCAUAAUUCUAAAGUUAAUUCUAAGUAGUAAAGCUUAUUUUUAGGAUAGUUUAUGUAAUAGUGAAAUUUUAUAAGGUCAUUUCACCUAUGCUGAGUUUUUCAAUCGUUAUGUUACAAGCUAGAAUUUUCUAAGAUGAAUUUUAUAGUCAUAAUAAUAAAUCCUAACUUUGGCUCUAAUCAACAUUGUUUUUACAGUUUAUCUGUUUUAAAAAUAAAGUCCCCGUUUUCGAUUUGAAUGGCAAUAGUAAUAAAUUGAUAACGCCGAAAAGUGUGGCUUUUAAAUUUCUUUUAGAACGACGUAUUAUUGAUUGUUUUUUCGAUAUGUUUUGGAAAAUUGAUUUAAUUUUCAGCGAGUUAUUAAUGAAUUCUCUUCAUUUGCGACUUUAAGUUCUAGGAGUUCAGUUCUCAAUUCUAUCAUUAAGCCGAGCAGCUGAAAGUGGCCAUUCAGUCUUUUCGGGACUAUUGGCUCUGUCUUCCCCGUAAGGGAUAUAGACGUGACUAUAUGUUUGUAUGUAUGUAAGUUCUAGGAGUUAAUAUUUUUUGCCUAUAAAAACUAGUUUGGCCAUGUAUUUAUAACUAUAAAAUGAUAAAUAGAGCAGUUUUGAUAUUUUCAAAUAAUUCUCACGAAGCCAUCGGUUUCAAAUAGGAAAGAAUUCGAUUUGCCACAAAAAUACAGGACAGUAAUUUCUGAUACUUAAUUUCAUUGGAGUGUCUAUUUUUCAUCGGUCUAAGGUGCCUCGGCGUUCGUAAAUUGAUUUCUAAUAAUAUUGAAUUGCUUUCAAAUCGAAAUCGAUUCUUUGAAAAUAGGCCACCUCAUUUAUAAGGAUGAAUAUAAAAAAAAAUGUUACCAUUUGUCACAAAUGUAUAUAAUAAGAGUUAGCUAGAUUGUUGAAUUGUUAAUAAAUGAAUUAUUAAUAGAAUAUAUUGUACUGGCGUUAUACAUUACGUGUUAUUUUGGAAAUAGGUCACAAUUCAGCUGGGAUACCUUUAAUGUGUAAAACAUACUGUCAGUUACACUACUAUUAUUGUAAAUCGAAUUUAAUGUUCUAUUUUGUAGCUAUUAUAUUAUAGCUUCGAGUAUUUUGGUCUCAAUAUUUCAUCAAUGAUCAGAAUUAAUUGUGUAAAUUAUUAUUAAUUAUUUAUGCUAAUUAUGGUUAGUUUUGCGAAAACAUCUUGACAUCUGAGCGUCUAUGAGAUUUUAAAAUUAUUUUGGAAUAUUUAAGCUUAUUAUAUGAAAUCCUUUGUCUGUAAUAGACGCGGUCUAUUACAGUUUUGUACUUUGUUUUAGUGGGAAUCUUUUUAAUUAAGAAUAUAUUUUUGUAUGAAAUAUUCUUAUGUGCAAUUAAUAUUUGUAAUAAAAAGGAAGUCUGUGUCA